UGUCGCCUGUCCAUUCAUUGCAUUUCUUUUGGGUUUUCCUUGAAUUUUGCAUUUGUAUUUUUAAUUUUUGUACAAAGUUUAUAAAUGAAAUUGUGGUUUGUAACUUUUUGCUGUGAUUUAUAAUAAAUCUUACUAACCAUUGUAUACAAAAUGAAUAUAGACGUGGAUUACCAUAAUGCAGAUACAAUUAGUGUGGAUACAUUAUAUCUUGAAGAGAAGCUUAGGGAGGAUAGAUUAAAGGAAAUGACAAAAUUAAAAACACUUGGUAAAACUGUUUGCAAUCUCCAUACAAAUAUACUAUACUACAGAAAUACGUCUACUAAAAGAGGCGCUGUGUGUUAUGAAGCGUGGAAAAGCCUUGUAAAGAAGAUUGGGGGUUCACCUAAUACAUGGAGAGAAUUGGGCAAUGCUCUUGGUGUUGCACAGGAUGACCUGAAUUAUAUAGGAAACUCAGUGAAAGAAGACCCAGCAAACAUAGUAAUAAAAGUUUUCAUGCAAAAUGAAUCUGCAACAUUAGACAAAAUAGUUGAUGCUUUAGAGAAAAUGAAUAGGUAUGAUAUUCUCAAAGCCAUCGAAGAACCUUUUUGCAACUUAAGCCAAUAUUUCAAUAAAAAAGAUGACAGUGGCUACCAAAGUGAAAGUAAAACACCUGGGAAUAAAAGAAUCUUCUUUACAAACGAAAUAGAGAAUGACUUACCAGCAGCUUUAAAUAAAAACUAUGUUAUAAAAGAUAAGGAACCUAAACCUAAUCAACCAACACUGCGACCAGCUCCUAUAGAUAAUAAAGAAAUUGAUGAUGAUAAACCAAUUCUGUUUUUGACAUACACAGAAGAUGGUCUAGACACUGCUAUAAACAUUCAACAUUAUAUAAAUACCUGGGAAGGCCAACAAGUCACAGUUUUAACACUAUGUAAUAGAAAGGAACAAGUAUAUCAAAAUCCAGAGAAGUUUAUUAGGAAAUAUUUUGAAAAGGCUGACUUCAUAGUACCGAUAAUAACACCAGGGUAUCUGAACAGGAUUAACCCGCUUACACCUCAUGAGCCGAGCGCAAAUGAUAAUUUAGACUACAAAUAUGUGAAUUUCAUAUACAAUUUAAUUAUCAAUUAUUACAUACAUGCCACUGGAUGUCUGAAUAAUAAAGUGAGGAGUGUACUGCCAUACGGAGUUAAUAUUAAUGUACUUAAAGAAAUCACUAUGUACCCUGACUUAUUACCAUAUACCUACGAGUCUAAUUUCAAUGAACAUUUUAAAGUAUUUUUGAAGAAAAAACUCUCAUGAUAAAUGAAGUACCUUAAAAGUAAUGUAGGUUGUAAUUAUUUAGAUGCAUGUGCUCUGAAACUUGUCUUUGUAUUGCAAACAUUAUACAUAUUUUUAUU